AUGUUGAGUGCAUGUAAGUAUGAAAAGAUGCUCGAAAGAAAAAUAAGUAUAUACAAUAAAAUGGAAUAAUAAUAAAUAAAUAAAGUAUAAUUCCAAAUAGUUUUAAACAAAAUUAAUAAUAAUAAUAAUAGUAGUAGUAAUAAUCGUUUGAUGAUAAUAAAUAUGUAAAAAGUAAAUAUAAAUAAAUUAUAUAUCAGCAAGCAAAAUGAAUAUAUUUAUUUAUUGUUUGAUUACCAAUUUUAUAAGCUUCUAUAUUGUUAAAUAAAAACCAUCAAUUAAUAGGUAUGUAGAAUUUUGAAUAUCAAAACCAUAAAUAAAAGCCAUUAAAUGGAGAUAUUUUAUGCAAAUAAUUAUUUAAUAUAAAUAAACUAGCAAAUAUGUAUUUUUUAGUUUUAUUUAAAGCAUAUUUUAAGUGAUUUUAGUCAUUCAUGCUUGUGCAAUUUAAUUAUUUUAUUUAAUUUUUUUUAUUAAUUUGUUGUUUUAUCUUACCUAAUUACUGAUUUCAAAUAAUAAAAUAAGUGGAUAAUUUUUCUUCUUGAAAAAAUACGUUUUACGCAAUAAAUUUAUUUAGCAAGUAUUUUUAUUUAAUCAUAAAUAAUUUUGGUUAUUCCGUUUUCAAUUAAAAUCAAUCAAAACAUUUACAAAUGA